GAACAUUUUAAACUUGUCGCCACUUCCCCAAGUUCAGCCUUGCUACAAAUUAACUCUACAAAAUACAUGCAACAUCAACAAUUUCAUUAUUGCCAUAUUUUAUACAAUUUGACAUUAUGGAAAGAUCAAAUACUCCCCCGCCUGCUAGAAGAACUAGAUCUCAAGUCACAUCACCGCCAACACCUGAUGUUAAGAGAAGAAUAGAAGAAAACAGGCUCAAGGCUAAAGCACUCCGCGAGCAAUCUAUAGCUCGCGAGAAAGCAUCCUCUAUAAAUGAUACCAAUCGUACUCCCUCAGGUUUCAUUGCUACUCCCGACAUAACCCUCGCAGGCCAAAAACGCACUCACGCCUCUAUUUCAACCUCAUCAGUUCCAGCCACUUCUCGCGAUGCGCGACAAACUACCAAAGAUGCGCGAGCCGAUGAUUCCUCACUACAAGCUGCGCGGAAGUUUCGGAAAUACGUUGAUCAUGAUUUCAGUAAGAUGACGGAUACGAAAGGUGGAUUCUUAGCUGUAGAGGAUGAUCCAUGGAAUAAGGCAUUACAUACAUCGAAAGAGGGCGAGAAACCUGCGCAUAUGACACUAAAGGAAUGGGAAAGACAUCAGUUAUUAAAAGGGUUGCGAAAUAGGAAAGAGGGACCUUUUGAACCCGGCUUGAGUGUGCUUGGAGGGGAUAAUAAGAAGUGUAGAGAGUGUAAAAGUUUAGAGAUUGAUUUUGUGUGGGAUGAGGUCUUUAAAUGUAGGGUCUGUAAUGGGUGUAAGGAGAAGUUUCCGGAGAAAUAUAGUUUGUUAACUAAGACGGAGGCAAAGGAGGAUUAUCUUAUUACAGAUCCGGAAUUAAAAGAUGGAGAGCUACUGCCACAUCUGAAUAAGCCCAAUCCGCAUAAAUCACAUUGGCAUGACAUGAUGUUGUUCCUACGAUAUCAAGUGGAGGAAUAUGCAUUCAAGACGAAGUGGGGGAGUGCAGAAGCAUUAGAUGCGGAAUUUGAAAAGAGAGAAGCAGAAAAGAAGAAGAGGAAAGAAGAAAAGUUCAAGAGUAAAUUGAAAGAAUUAAAGAAGAAGACGAGAACCGAAGCAUAUAGGAGGGGUUUAGCGGGCGAUGGAAAAGGUGGAAAGUUUGGAGAUGCGAUUAGUAAUGGGAAACACGAACACGAAUGGGGUCAAACGGUGGAGAAUGAAGAUGGAAUGAGUGUGAAGAGUUGUAUAGAGUGCGGGAUGGAGGUUGAAGAAUUGGAAUUUUAAGGAGGGUAUGGGUAUGGGUGUGGGUAUGGCAUUGAUAUAUUGAGUUACAUCUUACAUCUUAAUGAGUCUUGAGAGCGAUAUGGGAGGGAUUUGGAGUCUGCAAGUCAUAUCUAUGACCAUCGUGAUCGAGGCUGGAAAGGCUAGACUUUGUUAAUUUUCCGAGGCAUGCAUAUGUACAUGAAGGAUAUCUACGAAUCCUUCAGCAAUAAUCAUACUACAACACUUGCUUUUUGUAUGACAGGGAUGCACACAUGAAUUCCUUUUUGGCCUUAUGCA